AUGUCCUUGCGAAGACGAGGAUUAGAUGGGAGGGUUGUUAGCCGCACUCUAGAACGACGCGACGUUGUAGAUGAUGCUGGUCCGUCUGCACCAGUUCCACAGUCGCCACAUCUGCCAGCUGGAUAUCCUGGAGGGCCUUCUGACCUGUUAUGUCCGAAAAAGGAACUUAAAGUUGCAGGACACAGGCUGAGGCUGAAGGAUAGAGUUCCUCAUUUGCUCCCACCAGAGAUGGAGCGUUGGGUGGAUAGGUCAGGUCUGACUUCUCUCCAGAGAACCAGCCUGACCAAGAUAGACACAAAUCUUGUUACACAAUUUGUGGAGAGGUGGCACAUAGAGACAUCGUCAUUUCACAUGUCAUUUGGUGAGAUGACGAUUACAUUAGAUGAUAUUUCCUGUCUGCUGCACUUGCCCAUUGAGGGUGUGUUAUGGUACCCCGAUCAUGUCACUGAGGAUAUGGCUCUUGAGCUUGACAUUCAGUAUUUGGGAAUAGACAGGGGUGUGGUUACCCGACAUAUCCACGAGUGCAGGGGCGCUUAUUAUUCACUACAAUGGUUAUAUGAUAAAUUUGUGGAGCAUCGAGCUGCUAGUAGUUGGCCAUUUGCGACCAGGACAUGUCUUAUGAUAUUAUUGGGCUGCACCAUAUUUGCUGACAAGACUUUUACUCUUGUCGAGACACGAUAUGUGUUGUUGUUUAGAGACCUAGAGUGA